AUGUCAAAUGUCACCCGCGUCUCCGAAUUUGUUCUUCUUGGGUUCAGAGGGGGUCCGGGAGUGCAGACGGUGCUCUUUCUGCUCUUCCUGGUGCUGUACAUGGCGGCUGUGGUGGGGAACCUGGGCAUGGUUGCGAUCAUCCAGGCGGAUGCACAGCUGCACACCCCCAUGUAUGCCUUCCUGCAAAGCCUCUCCUUGUUGGACGUCUGCUACUCCUCCACCAUCGCGCCCAGGGCCCUGCUGAACUGCCUGCGGCGGGACCACACCAUCUCCUUCGGAGCCUGCGCCGCUCAGUUCUUCUUCCUGUCUCUCUUCGGGACCACGGAGGCUUUCCUGCUGGCGGCCAUGGCCUACGACCGCUUCAAGGCCAUCUGCAGCCCUCUCCUCUACUCGGCCAGCAUGUCGCCCCCGCUCUGCGCGCUGCUGGUGUCGGGGUCCUACCUGUGGGGCGUGCUGAAUGCCAGCACGCAGACGGCGAUGACCUUCACGCUGUCCUUCUGCGGCGCCAAUCAGGUCAAUGACUUUUUCUGCGACGUGCCCCCGCUCCUGUCCUUGUCGUGCUCGGACACCUCCGUGAACCAGCUGGUCCUGCUCGGCCUGUGUGGCUCCAUCAUCGUCAGCACGUUCGCCGUCGUCCUGGUCUCCUACGUCUACAUCGUCUCCACCAUCCUCAGGAUCCGCAGCCAGCAGGGCCGCCGGAAGGCGUUCUCCACCUGCGCCUCGCACCUCGCGGCCGUGUGCUUGUUCUUCGGCACAGUCUUCUUCAUGUACGCUCAGCCCAGCGCCAUCUCCUCCCUGGAGCACAGCAAAGUGGUGUCUGUCUUCUACACCGUGGUCAUCCCCACCCUGAACCCCCUGAUCUACAGCCUCAGGAACCGCGACGUGCAGCGUGCUCUGCGCAGGAGUGGCCGACAGCUCUCCGUGUUACUCAUGCGGCCCGGGCCCGCCUGGCGCCCCGAUUCUCACUGUUGCUGUCCACUGUAG